AUGGUGCGAUUCAUGGUGUCAUUAUUAGUGUUUCUGCCUGGGGUGGUGUGCAAGGUCACUAUUGUUAAAUGCAAUAUCCGUGAUCCUCUUCCAAUUCUUCACAAGUAUUAUCAGUCUGGAGACCUCAGCAUUGGUGGCAUUAUUUCUCAAGUCCACAGGUUUUCCAAUUCAAUCCCCUUUGAUAAAUAUCCCUCUUAUGAACUUGUUGAUGAUCAUGUCAAUUUCAGUCCAGGAUGGACCUAUCUAGCCUCAAUGGAACUUCUCUCCACACAAGGCGGAGUCAUCCCUAACUACAAUUGUGGCUUUCAGAGCCAUCCAGUUGCAGCUAUUGGGGGACCUGACAUCUGUCUCCACAUGUCAACCAUACUGAGCAUCUACAAAAUUCCACAGCUCACAUAUGGAUCUGCACCUGUCGUGAAUAAAGAAGACCAAGCUGUUUUCUUCCAACCAAUGUUUCCAAAUGGGGACCAUCAACACAGUGGCAUUCUCCAGGUUCUACUGCAUUUCAGGUGGACGUGGAUUGGUGUUCUUUCUGUGAACGAUGACAAUGGGGAGAGGUUUGUACAUGAUGUGCUUCCCACAUUUUCCCACCACGGUAUCUGCUUUGACUUCAUAGAAAGAUUCCCAACAGUGAGUUUUUAUAUUGACUUCAGCAAUAUGAUGGAUGAAUCACUCAAAAUUUACAAAGUUGUCAUGGCAAGCACAGCCACUGUCAUGGUCUUAUAUGGUGAAAUAGAGACUAUGAUGAUUCUGAAAACAUUUCUCCAGUUUUCAGAAGUGGAGGAUAUACCAAGGAAGACAAAAAUUUGGAUGAUGACAGCCCAAAUGGAUUUCACAUCUAGUUCCAUAGAUAGAUACUGGAACAUUGGCUUCCUUCAUGGUGCUCUGUCAUUUGCAGUUCACACAAAGGAGGUGUUGGGAUUCUGGGAAUUCCUUCAAACCAGGAAUCCUUCCUCAGGAGAACAAGAUGGUUUUAUCAAGUUUUUCUGGGAGCAGGCAUUUAUAUGUUUGUUCCCCAAAUCUGAAAUACAUCCACAAUCUGAGAAAACCUGCACUGGGGAGGAGAAGCUUGAGGCUCUUCCUGCUUCCGUUUUUGAGAUGAGCAUGACUGCCCACAGCUACAGCAUAUACAAUGCCGCCUAUGUUGUGGCACAUGCUUUGCAGUCAAUGCAGUUACACAAAUCCAAGCAAGGAUGGAAGGAGGCAACAGCUGCUGGAGGAAGGCAAAAUCUACAGAAUCAGGAACUGUGGCAGAUCAACCAUUUUCUGAGAAGGGUCUCUUUCAACAACAGUGCUGGGGAAAAGAUUUUCUUUGAUGAAAAUGGGGAAUUAGUAGCUGGAUUUGAUAUUAUCAACUGGGUCAUGUUCCCAAACCAGUCCUUUCUUAGAGUCAAAGUUGGAGGGAUUGAUCCAUGGGCUCCCCCAGACAAUGUCUUCAGCAUUCAUGAGGAUUCCAUUACAUGGCCCAGCAUUUUUAACCAGGCACAGCCCCUUUCUUUGUGUAAUGACAAUUGUUAUGAAGGUUUUAGCAAGAAAAAAAAGGAAAGAGAGCCAUUUUGCUGCUAUGAUUGCUUGGCAUGUCCAGAAGGGAAGAUUUCCAGCCAGAAGGACAUGGAUGACUGUUCUCAAUGUCUAGAAGAUCAUUAUCCAAACCACAGACAGGAUACAUGCAUCCCAAAGGGCAUAACUUUCUUGUCUUAUGAAGAACCUUUGGGGAUCGUUUUGGCCAGUUUUGCUCUUUUAUUUUCUUUUAUCACAGCUUUGGUGAUUGGAAUCUUCAUUAAGCAUCAAGAGACUCCCAUAGUCAAAGCCAACAACCGGGAUCUCACCUAUGCUCUCCUCGUCUUUCUACUGCUAUCCUUCCUUUGUGUUUUCCUAUUUAUUGGACGACCUGAUACAUUGAUGUGUCUCCUUCGACAACCAGCUUUUGGCAUCAUCUUCUCAGUGGCUGUUUCUUGUGUGUUGGCCAAAACAGUCAUUGUGGUUUUAGCUUUCAUGGCCACCAAACCGGGCUCCAGAAAGAGGAAAUGGGUGGGGAAAAGAACGGCCAGCUCCAUUGUUCUUUCCUGCUCUGUUACUCAAACCAUGAUUUGUAUUGUGUGGCUGGCAACCUCUUCCCCAUUCCCAGAUGUUGACAUGCACUCAAUGACUGAUGAAAUUAUACUGGAAUGUAAUGAAGGAUCAGUCACGAUGUUCUACUGUGUUCUGGGCUUUAUGGGUUUCCUGGCCAUUGUCAGCUUCUCUGUGGCUUUCCUAGCCAGGAAGUUGCCAGACAGUUUUAAUGAAGCCAAGUUUAUUAUUUUCAGCAUGUUGGUCUUCUGCAGUGUGUGGUUGACCUUUGUCCCAACCUACCUCAGCACAAAAGGAAAAUACAUGGUGGCUGUGGAGAUCUUCUCCAUAUUGGCCUCUAGUGCUGGCUUACUGGGAUGUAUCUUCCCCCCGAAAUGCUAUAUCAUUGUGGUGAAACCUGAGCUAAACAACAGGCAGCAUCUAAUGAAAGGGAAGUAUUAA